AUGUCAUCCUCCAACAUCAAGUUCCAGCUAUACACGUACUUCCGGUCUUCGUGUGCCGGUCGCCUGCGCAUCGCUCUGAACCUAAAAUCCACCCCCUACGAGCCAAUCUUCGUCAAUCUACUCAAAGGCGAGCAGCUCUCUGAUAAGCACAGGGAGCUCAAUCCCAACGGCACUGUGCCUGUACUUGUAUCCACGAGCCAGGAUAAUGGCAAGAGCACGACAUUCACGGUUACCCAAUCGCUCGCGGCGUUGGAGUACCUUGAAGAAGCGCUUCCAAACACCCGCGCACUCAUGCCGGCAACUUCCAACCCCACGGCACGCGCACAAGUACGCGAACUCGCCCUGUUAGUGGCAACGGAUAUUCAACCCGUCACGAACUUGCGGAUUCAGAAGAAGGUGAAGGCUCUCGACGCGGAUGCAACGAAGUGGGCGCUGGAGCUUUCGGUUGCCGGGUUUACGGCCUUUGAGAAGACCGUUGUCAAUUCCGCUGGGAAGUUCUGUGUCGGGGAUGAGAUUACGUUGGCAGAUGUAUGUUUGGUGCCUGCCGUGUGGUCGGCGGAGAGAGUGGGCUUGAAGUUGGCAGACUAUCCAACAACAAAGAGGAUCUAUGAUCGGAUGGUGGAGGAGACGGCAGUUAAGGAAGCAGUCUGGCAGAACCAGCCUGAUACGCCAGAAGAAUUAAGAUUAAAGUAA